CUUUUAAGGGCUGCAGUUUUGUCAAAUGCCAAGAAUGAGAUAGGCAUGGGAUGCUAUUGACCUAGCUUUCGGAACUGGUUCGACUGCCAACUUGCGGACAAACUCUCUUCUUGUCUCGUACGAAAGCAAGGCAAAUUAAGCAGCUGCGGUGAAAAGAGGAAUUGAGCUGCGAGCUGCAUGCAUGGCGGCGGGAGCGACGCUCUCGGUGUUCCUCCUCGUCGCCGGCGUGGUGCUCAUGCUCGUGCUGCACAUCGUCGUGGUCUUCUGGGCGCUGCGUCGGGGCGUCUUCCUGCGCGGCGCGUUCCGGGUGGAGGAGAGCGGGGACCAGCAGGGCGCCGGCCUGACGCCCGACGAGAUCGCCGUGUUGCCCUGCCACGAGCGCAAGGAUGGUGGCGGCGGCGGCGGCGGCGAGUGCGCCGUGUGCCUGGAGGCGUUCCAGGCGGGCGACCGAUGCCGUGUUCUGCCCAGGUGCGAGCACGGCUUCCACGCGCGAUGCGUCGACUCGUGGCUGCGCCAGAGCCGCCUGUGCCCCAUCUGCCGCGCCGAGGUGGAAGUGGCCGGUCGAGCCGGCAAGGCGGCGGCCGCCGCCGGCACGGUGGCUGGGGGAAGUCAGGCAACCACCAUGGAGAUUGUUACUGAAAGAUUGGGAGGUACAGAACGGUAGCGGUUCAUUGCUGCUUAAUUUGUUGUAGCUGUUGCUUAGUAGUCCUUGCAUUUACGGGCUUGCAUGUACAGAUCAAAUGGAUCAUCUGAUUUCAUCUCUGCCAUUCCAAGAA